UAGGCCUUCUGGUUAAACAUUCUUGUGUUAAAAAAGGAGAAGAGGGGGAAAAACGAGAUGAUUUUCAUGUUUGGACACCGUGUUCUGAACACUGCUUUGGAGUUAAAGUCAACCUGCAUGUGAAAAAGUGCCACCUGUUUUCUCUCACCACUCAUCACUUAUUGCAGCACUGAACCCAAUGGAGAAACGCGAGCAGGACACAUUCUCUUCUCCUCCUAACUACUCUGCUGCCACAAACAUCUAUCCGCCUCUCCAGUCUUUUAAGGAGAUGCAUGGCAACUACCCACAGGUGUAUGGCAACUACCCACAGUAUGGCAACUACUCAGGCCAGGGACUCCCAAAUUACAUCCCUCAGUAUGCACCACCUGUGAUUGCUCCGCAAGUCACUGAAAUCAGCCCACUCCCCAAGGAUAAAGAGAACUGCUGUGGGAAUAAAGCACAGAUUUACAAAGCGGCAGCAGCAGCAGCAGCCAUAGUGCUGCUGGCUCUGCUGGGUGUUGGUGUCUGGCUUGGAGUUUAUUAUGGCACUAUGAAACUGGAAAGAGAGAACUUUUACAAACCUAAUAACCAACUGAAUGUACCAACAACUAUUGCUCAGAUCGUGAAUGACACCUGCCCCAUUAAUGCUACCAUAUGCAAUGGGAUAAAAGACUGCCAAAUGGGCACAGACGAAACAUACUGUGUGGAAUUUGGCAAGAACAGCAGCCUGAUUGUGAGGACUUGUGAGAAUUGUAACUUCCUCCCAGUGUGUUACAGUGGCUGGGACAAAAACUACGCUGACCAGAUCUGCUCUCAGCUUGGAUUCAGAAAUGCCUUUUCAUUGAAUAUAAUUAAUUCCCAGAGUUCAAGUGGUGUAGAACUGACCAGUAGAUCACCAUCUUCUCUUAUUCAAGGCUCAGUGAAUGUCAGUUCUGCCUGUUCAAACCAGGAGACUGUGUCCCUGCAGUGUGUAGACUGUGGUAGGCAGCCGGCUACAUCCCGGAUCAUCGGGGGCACUGCAGCUCAGUCGGGUCGGUGGCCUUGGCAGCUGUCACUACAAUACAGAGGACACCACACCUGUGGUGGCGUUUUGAUCUCACCUGAUUUUGUUGUAACUGCUGCUCAUUGCUUCCCAACCCCUGAUUACCGCUCUGCUCAGCAAUGGAAAAUUUAUGGUGGAUUUGUGUCUCUGAAUAAUCUGCCUAAACCUUUCUUGGUUGAGACAAUCCGGAUCAACGAGAACUAUAACCGUCAAACCAAUGACCAAGACGUUGCUCUUCUUAAACUAACAUCUCCAGUUACUUUCACUGAUCAACUUCAGCCAGCCUGCCUGCCACAGAUUGAUCAGGAGUUUAAAGCUGAAACCACUUGUUGGAUCUCAGGUUUUGGAACUACUACAGAAGGUUCAAGCAUGGUCUCCACCGAUCUGAUGGAGGUAUCUGUAAACAUCAUAAGCCAAAAAGUGUGUAACAGCAUGGAUGUGUAUAAUGGCUUAGUGACCGAGAACAUGAUCUGCGCUGGGAAAUUAGAGGGAGGCAAAGACUCAUGUCAGGGUGACAGUGGUGGACCUCUGGUGUGUCAGGGCCAGGAGAACAAUCUGUGGAACCUGGUAGGGAUCACAAGCUGGGGAGCUGGAUGUGGGGAACAAAACAAACCUGGUGUUUACACCAAAGUCAGAAAUGUCUUGCCUUGGAUCUACAGCACCAUGCAGCAAGAAAGACCUUGAUGUCUCUCCAGCUUUGCACGCUUACAAAUGAAGCCACUUUGUCAUCUUUGAUCAACAAGCAUUAUAAAAAGUCCUCCACAAGAGUGUGGGCAAAAUUGUACAAGUUAAAUAAAUUCAGCUCAAAAAUAACUUGUUUUGCACACAAGACAAAACAAAUAUAUUGUAUUUAAAGAAAUCAAUGCACUGAUAUCAGUAUUGCAUUUGUUUGUUUUAGUCUUUAUUAUGGGGGAUUUGGUUCUUUCCAAGGUUUGUCGUAACAAUAAAAUCGUAUUUUUUCUCAGUGCUAUUUUUUUUGUUAAACAAGAUUCUUUUUUUUACCAUAUAAAUAAAAAAUAACAUUUGUUUUGGGAGCAUAACCUUUACAGUCAUUCAUCUUAUUGUGUUGUUGUCUUUGCUCUCUUUAUUUACAACCAUCCAGUCUACAUUGUGCAUUGGAGCAUAGACUGCAAUGGUUAAAGGGGGGGGGGGGUCUUUGAUAUGGAGUUAUGAUUUUGUGAACACGAUGUCUGUGGAGAAAGGAGAGAGGCAGAGAGAAAAGGUGACAGAGAGGACUAAGCAGCUGCUCCAGGAGCCACAGGAUACGAGCAGCAGAUGAGAAACACUGAAAGAAAAUCUGACUGAAACAAACUGAUUUAUAAUUUUAUUUUUCAACUGGGUGGACAGGUCUUUCCUUUAGCCAAAGAUCCGUUGGAGAGAAACAGGUAGGUUGAUGUUUGAUUUUGUAGAUUAUGUGAUUUUUUUUUUUCUGAAAAUUGUCUCUGACGCGUGGUUGGAGCAAAUUGUCCUCCAUUUCUCCUGUCGCUGCUUGUAUUGUUCAAAAAUACAAUAACUGAAUGGUGUAGUUCGGAAUGUCAUUGAACUAUAAUUAUUUGUCUGAUAAAUAAAUUCAAGUGACGUGCUUGCGA